AUGCAUAAUUAUCACCGGCAAGUUGGUCCUCCGAGGUGUGCCUUUAAGGUGGAUAUUCAAAAGGCCUACGACACGGUGGAUUGGGAUUUCCUUCGUGAUAUCCUCCAUGGGUUUGGCUUUAAUCACCGUUUUAUCGGUUGGAUUAUGGAAUGUGUUACAUCAUCUUCUUUUUCUCUCAGCAUUAAUGGUAACAUUCAUGGAUACUUUAGGUGUGAGAGGGGUCUGCGUCAAGGAGACCCUAUGUCUCCUUACUUAUUCACCAUGGUUAUGGAAGUUUUAACUUUACUUCUUCGAAAAGCGGCUGACUUGGAUCCGUCCUUUAGAUUUCAUAACAGGUGCGAAAAACAGAUGAUUAUUAAUGUGUGCUUUGCUGAUGAUCUUCUUAUCUUUGCUAGGGGAGAUACCCAAUCGGCAAGGGUAAUCAUGGAUUCUUUGAUGAAGUUUAAAGAUGUUUCAGGGCUGGCUCCUAGUAACUCUAAAAGUUCAGCGUUUUUUUGCAAUGUUUCUAGCAGCAUUAAGGCGAGAAUUAUGGAGUUUGUUCCCUUUGAAGAGGGUAAGCUUCCGAUUAAGUACCUUGGAGUUCCUUUAUUGGCAUCUCGGCUUCUAGUGAAAGAUUGUAAAGUGCUUGUGGAAAGAAUGGAUAAGAGGAUCAUGGAUUGGAAAAAUAAGUUCCUUUCGUUUGCCGGAAAGCUUCAGCUUGUCAUAUCUGUCCUGUCUUCUAUUCACGCGUACUGGGCUUCGGUUUUCAUGUUGCCUGCGAGUAUAAUUAAGGAUCUGGAGGAUAAAAUGAAGUGGUUUUUAUGGGGGUAUGGUACGACCGCUAAAGGAAGAGCUAAAGUUGCCUGGAAAGAGGUAUGUCUCCCUAAGUCUGAAGGGGGCCUAGGCAUUAGACGUAUUUCUGAUGUCAAUCGGUCUCUCAUGACGUACCACAUUUAUAGUAUUCUUUCAGAAAGGAAAUCUCUUUGGACACAUUGGAUUUUGAUACACAAGUUAAAAAAUCGUAGUCUUUGGGACAUUCCUAUCCAAAAUAAUUCGCCGUGGGGUUGGAAGAAAUUACUGAAGUUUAGACAUGUGGUUAGACCGUUUUUCUGGUCCAAAAUCGGAAAUGGUGAAAAAACGUCUUUAUGGUUCGAUAAAUGGUGUAAUCUAUGUCCGUUGAGUAAUUAUGUUACGCAUAGACGUAUGGCUCAACAUGGUUUUAGUAUGUAUUCUAAGCUGGCCGAUGCUAUAGAUGGUGGUAUUGAAACGAUUGACCACCUGUUUUUUGAGUGCAAAUACUCAAAGAUGGUGUGGUAUAAAGUUCGCGAGAGAGGAGACAUGUCCCGAGUCAGUGAAAAAUGGGACGACAUAAUGCAAUGGUUGGUUCCUAUAGCUGCAGCGUCGGCUAUAACUUCUAGUUGCAGCGUCGGCUUAUUUCAUUUGGAUGGAAAGGAAUGCAAGAUUUUUCAACAACCAACUAAGACCGCCGGAACAAAUUGUGGAGCUUAUUUUGCAUACGGUUCGAACCAAAUUGCUAUCCUUCAAGUAUAA